AUGAGUAAACGUCCAAUAACUGACGAAAAAGAAGAUUCAAACAAAAGAAGACUUACAGGAAUCAUUCCACAUAGUAGUAAUCCGGUUAAGAAUGGUGUGUCACAAUGCUUCUACAGGUUUUCCACAGAUUUAUAUGUAUCUCUAGCUCCAUGCUAUUUUCAAGAUCCGGUUAAGGGCAUAAGAAAACAACAUCUGGACUCUUUAAUAAUGUCAUAUUUUUCUGAAGCUAAAGGUAUAGUGUUAAGUUACAAUAAUAUCCAGUUGAGUCCUGAAAAUUUGCAGGAUUCUUAUGCUGUGGCUAAAAUUUCAGGUGAGUCCCCAUUUGCAUUUUUGUGGUGUUCUGUUGAUUUCCUGAUAUGGAGACCUCAGGUAGGUGAUGUGGUAGAAGGAUGGGCGUAUUUGCAAACCCAAUCACAUAUAGGUCUAUUGGUUCAUGACACUUUCAACGCAACAUUAAGGAAUUCCAACAUUCCGUCCAAUUGGAGAUUUAUACCCCACGAAGCAGACGAAGUAGAUGAAGAUUACGAAGAAGAUGGGGUCGGUGAGAAUGGUGCCGAGAAGUUUAGAUCUCUGGGAUACUGGGUCGACCAAGAUAAUAACCCAGUGGAUGGAAAAAUAAAGUUCACUAUUAAAUCCAUUCACACUGCCGGCAGGGUAGUGUCCCUAGAAGGAACUCUUCUUAAACCAGAAACGGAAAAGGACUCUUUACCAGUCACAAAAAGUUUCCAUAAAAAAUUCGACGAAAGGGAGACUGUAGAGUUUAAAGAACCUUCAUCUCAAUCUCCGACCACAACCACCGUGGAGAUCAAUUUGGAUGGGUAUCAUGAGAAUGAAAAUGAGGAAGACGAGCAGGUAAAGGACGAAGAUGAGGCUGACGGCACGAAUGGAGAUGAUGAAGUACCCAAAUACGAAACUGAAUCAUCGGACUCGGAAUGA